CUGUGGUGGAGCAGAGCUGAGAGGGAGGCAGCACACUGACUGAGUGCCUCUGAGGAACUGAGGCACUGAGGCAGCAGCAGCAGGAAGUACAAACCUGCUGUUCGGCAUAGCUUUAGUUUGCUCCUAAACUUCAUCAGAAUCUAUCGGUUCCUACCUUUUGAAAAAUGGACAGCCAGGGCAGGAAAGUGGUGGUUUGUGAUAACGGAACUGGGUUUGUGAAGUGUGGCUAUGCAGGUUCCAACUUUCCGGAGCACAUCUUCCCUGCGCUGGUGGGCAGGCCUAUCAUUCGCUCCACAGCUAAAGUUGGCAACAUUGAGAUUAAGGACCUGAUGGUGGGUGAUGAGGCGAGUGAGCUACGCUCCAUGCUGGAGGUGAACUACCCGAUGGAGAAUGGCAUUGUCAGGAAUUGGGAUGACAUGAAGCACCUGUGGGACUACACUUUUGGUCCAGAGAAACUAAACAUUGACUCACGCAACUGCAAGAUUCUCCUCACCGAGCCCCCCAUGAAUCCCACCAAAAACCGUGAGAAGAUCAUCGAGGUUAUGUUUGAGACGUAUCAGUUCUCAGGGGUUUAUAUUGCCAUUCAGGCUGUUCUCACAUUGUAUGCUCAAGGUCUAUUAACGGGAGUCGUGGUGGAUUCAGGUGAUGGUGUGACCCACAUUUGCCCUGUAUACGAAGGCUUCUCUCUUCCUCAUUUAACUCGCAGGCUGGACAUAGCAGGGAGAGACAUCACUCGAUAUCUUAUAAAGCUGCUGCUGCUGCGAGGAUACGCUUUCAACCACUCAGCAGAUUUUGAGACCGUGCGCAUGAUGAAGGAGAAACUCUGUUAUGUAGGAUACAAUAUCGAGCAGGAGCAGAAGCUUGCUUUGGAGACUACUGUACUAGUGGAAUCCUACACGCUCCCUGAUGGCAGAGUGAUAAAGGUCGGAGGGGAGAGGUUUGAGGCACCUGAGGCUCUUUUCCAGCCUCAUCUGAUUAACGUGGAGGGAGUGGGAGUGGCUGAGCUGCUCUUCAACACCAUUCAGGCAGCAGACAUCGACACCAGGGCUGAGUUCUACAAACACAUUGUUCUCUCAGGCGGUUCUACCAUGUAUCCAGGCCUGCCCUCCCGACUGGAGAGGGAACUCAAGCAGCUCUAUCUAGAGCGGGUGCUUAAAGGGGAUGUGGACAAGCUCUCUAAAUUCAAGAUCCGGAUUGAAGAUCCUCCACGGCGCAAACACAUGGUGUUCCUGGGUGGAGCUGUGCUGGCUGACAUCAUGAAGGACAAGGACAACUUCUGGCUGACGAGGGAGGAGUAUCAGGAGAAGGGUGUGCGCGUGCUUGAGAAGCUCGGCGUCACAGUCAGAUAAACUGUUAGCGUCUGCUAAACCCUCUGCGUCCUCUCCACUCUCCCACGUAUAGGAUAUCCAGAGCAUCUGUCCAGCUGUGUGUCGCUAGAGCUCUCACCUCCUGCAUUCUGCUACUCGUGCCACUGAGUCACAUGAUCACUUUUGGGAAGGACAGACCGGGAGGUGUAUUAGGGCUGCUGGGGAGGGAGGUGAGGAGUUUGGCAUCCAUAUUUUUGGGCUCUCUGUUAUUAUCCUUAUGCACCAGAUCGUAAAGUUGUCACAAGCAGUCAUUUCAACUUAUGUCAGUGUUUGUCUCGUUCAAAACAAAGCCGGUCUUCUGCAGUAUUGCAGCGAAGAAUGGGUUUCUAACACCAAAGUAAAGUGUCUCAAUACAAAAUGAGCCGCAUUACCACUUUAAUGCAUUAUGAUAAAAACUGAUAAAAGUGGAGAAGGCUUCUUGUGACAGCUCUGUCAUGCCAGUCCAGUAAAGUAAGAUUGAAAUGUUCUACCCUCUAUGGAAUUUUUGUUGGGGAAAAGACAAUGUGGGGUGAAACUGAACAACUCAGUUCAAUGAUAGUUCAUUGUUUUCUCUUCUGUGUACAUAACAUCGAUCUUUCUCUGUGUGAGGGGACCCACUAAGCAGUUCUCAGUCUCUCCCCGUCAUCCUCUCUCCUUGUCCAGGUGUCAAGUGCUUGUCAUUAAUGAGUUCUUGUGCUCAGGGUUUUGAUGUGUUGGGCUAAAAUUAAUUUUGUAUUUUUCUAUUUUUCAGCUUAAAAUUGUAUUCUAUUCCAUUUUUUCCCCUUCCCUGAUCUUAAGCAUUUACUGAACGAUCCCUUUAAAAUGGGCAUUAGCUAGUCCUUUCCAUCUUCCAGCUAUUCCAGAAGAUUAUUAUGAUUUUUUAUAAAGGCUAAACAAUUUCCUCAUAUAUAUAUAUAUAUAUAUAUAUAUAUAUAUAUAUAUAUAUAUAUAUAUGAGGAAAUUGUUUAGCCUUUUCGCGCCUUUUUUGCAUUACAUUUUGUCUUUUGCAGUGCAUUAUUCAGACUGUCUGGCAUAGAAUGCAUCAGUGUGUAGUCUAGUAAAGUUAAGACAAAAUGAGUCACUUUGUAACCGAAGGGGGAAUCUAGUAUGACUGAUGCUUGUGAAAUGAAUAAAUAUGUGAUGGAUAGACAUGGAAAUAUUAUGGGGUUAAUUUUUUUUCAUGUGUGAGUGUCGGGGCCUCAUGUAUACUUGAGGCACCUCUUGCUGUCUGUAUGUACAUUUCCAUAAAUGUUUAUCUGGUGCCAAGGGCAGUUGAUGUGGCUGGAUCUCCUAUUGCUCUUUUUUUGAUCAUAGCAUAACUGCCUAAUGCUGAUUUAAAUAAAGACCAUGAUUUCUAAAUAA